AUGAAAUUUGACGAUAUAUUGGAAUACUUGGGUGAAUUUGGAGCCUACCAGAAAAGAUUGUAUAUAACAGUAUGCAUUCCAUCUAUUUCUAUUGCUAUGCAAGUUUUGCUUCCUGUAUUUAUUCUGGCUAUUCCUAACUUCAGAUGUGCUAUUCCAAGCUUCCCAAAUGAUACAUAUAUCAGCCAAGGUAAAUGGCAUGACGACUUGAUAAAUAAAACGAUUCCAACCGCAAAAGAUGGUUUAUCGAAAUGCAAAGUUUUUGGUUCGGAUGGAUCAGAGGAAUCUUGUGACAAAUGGGUGUAUGAUCAGUCAAUUUACGAGUCCACCCUUCUUAUGGACAUAAAGCUAAUAUGUGGAGAUGAAAUAUUACGAUCUCAUUCGAAUAUGAUUUUCUUUGGUGGAAAUCUUGUUGGGGCAUUUGGCUUGGGGUUGUUAUCUGACUUGAUAGGAAGAAAGAAAACACUUAUGUUGUCAAUUAUACUUCAUAUUGGAACCGGUAUUGGUAUAGCAUUUAUUAAUGAGUAUAUUGGUUUUUCUGUCCUGAGAUUUUUUAAUGGAAUGGCUAAUGGUGGUGUUUUUAUGACAGGAUUUGUCAUUGGAAUGGAGCUUGUUGGACCCAGUAAAAGAGCGCUAGCAGGAAUGAUCAUUAUGUUGUUUUGGGCCCUGGGACUAUUUGUGCUUGGGUUAAUUGCAUAUUUUAUACGUGAUUGGAGAACUUUGUCUCUGGCUGUAUCUUGUCCUUCUGUUGUCUAUUUAUCGUAUUGGUGGUUAUUACCAGAGUCUCCAAGAUGGCUGUUAUCAAAGGGUCGAGAAAAGGAGGCAGAGGAUAUCAUUAGAAAAGCUGCUAAGGUCAACAAAGUUGAACUUCCGCUCAAGCUAUUCGAUCAACAUACCCUGGACACAGGACCUCAAUCAAAGAUCUGGCACAUGUUCACAGAUUGUAGACUGUUGAUUGGAUCCUUGAUAAUAUUUUUCAAUUGGCUAGUGGUAAGCAUGGUGUACUAUGGUCUUGGUUUGAACGUAUCUAACCUCAGUGGAGAUCCAUACCUGAACUUUACCAUCGCCAAUAUUGCCGAAACUAUAUCUUACGUAUUAGCUAUUUUGCUGUUGAACAGAAUUGGAAGAAAACCUCUUCACUGUGGUGCUAUGUUACUUGGUGGGGUUGCCUGUUUAGCCACAAUGUUACCUGUCAUUUAUGCAAACCCAUGGGUUACAACAGCUUUAUCAAUGAUAGGAAAAUUAGGAGCUUCCGGUGCAUUUGCUGUGAUAUAUGUAUAUGCUGCUGAAUUGUUUCCCACUAUUGUACGGAAUUCUGGUUUAGGCACCAGCUCCAUGUGUGCCCGUAUCGGUGGAAUGAUAUCUCCGUACAUUGCAGACUCAGUGAUUGGUGGCGAUUUAAGGAUUGCUCUACCACUCAUAAUAUUUGGAGCAAGCAGUAUAAUAGCUGGUUUACUUUGUUUACUAUUACCAGAAACAUUAAACAGAAAGAUGCCAGAAACAAUUGACGAUGCCAAGGAAUUAAGCAGGUAG